AUGGCCGUGAGAUUAUCCGUAUCCGGACAUGAAGUAUCCGAUCUGUGUCUUGGAAAACCUUCACUCCGGUCAAUUUCUAUCACCGACACCGUAGCCGACGCUGUUAACGCCAUCAAAAAAUUAGGCCAUUCUUAUUUAAGCGUUUGGAAUUGUCACCAUUCUAUCACCGAUAAAAAACCGAAAACCCCAAUUGGUAAUCAAGGAGAAGCGGAUUUGCAUUGUAAAUGUAUUGGAACGGUUUGUAUGGUUGAUGUUAUUUGUUUUCUUUGUAAACCCGAGAAUCUAUCUUCACCUUCCACCGCUCUUCAGUCUCCUGUUUCAGUUCUCUUUGACGGAGAUAAUUCUUCACUAGUUCGCCAUUUACAACCCAAUGCCAGAUUAUUGGAGGCAAUAGAUGCAAUGUACGAAGGGGUGCAGAAUGUGGUGAUACCAAUAUCGGAUGAAAAGAAAUGGAAGAAAAAAGAGAAACAAACUCUGGACUCUGAUAUUUUGCACAAUGACAAUCGUGCUUACUGUUGGCUUACUCAAGAGGAUGUAAUGCGCUACCUUCUUAACUCAAUUAGGGUAUUUUCCCCUUCACCGGCGACCGAUAGCAUCGUUUCACUCGGUAUUAUAGACACAAAUAAUCUGUUUGUUCUUUACUAUGAUGACCCUGCAUCCUCUGCUUUGGAGCUUCUCACGUCUGCCAUUGUACACCAAUCGUCCGUUGCUGUUGUUGACCCGCAGGGUAAGCUCAUUGGAGAGAUCUCACCUUUUUUGUUGAACUCUUGCGAUGAAGCUGUUGCCCCUGCACUGGUGACUCUAUCAGCAGGUGAUAUAUUGGCUUACAUCGACUGUGGUGGUCCCCCGGAGGAUUUAGUUCAGCUGGUAAAAGAGAGACUGUAUGAGCAGAAUCUUGGUGCAACCUUGGAGUUACUUGGGGAAGAAACAAGGCUUCCUUCAUGGUCAUCGUUUUCCUCGACAUCAUCGGAGGAAGAUAUUUGCUCGGCGGGGAAGAAUUGGAAACUCGGAGGAUAUUCUUCGAGGGUUGUGAGAAGGUCAGAGGCUAUUUUUUGUUACCCUUGGAGCUCUUUGGUUGCUGUUAUGAUUCAAGCACUAGCACACCGCCUGAGUUAUGUGUGGGUUGUACAGGAAGAUGGAACUUUGACAGGGAUUGUUACUUUUCAAGGCAUGUUGAAAAUUUUCAGAGAACACUUGUAA